AUGGCUAGUACUCCUCGCUCUGGAAAACGUGCGCGCACAGAUGAUGCGGACGCUCAGAGUCCAUACGGCGCCUCUCAGACCACCAGACACAGUACUCACUGGUAUCGCGACGGAUCCAUCGUGCUGCACGUCGAGAAUGUGCUAUUUCGCGUCCAUCAGACGGUAUUAGAAACCCACUCUGAAGUCUUCCGCGAUAUGUCGGCAGUCUCGCAGAUCGGUGGUGAGCAGACGCUAGACGGAUGCCACAUUGUGCGCCUGCACGGGGACAGCAGUGAAGAUUGGGCCUGUCUGUUGGACUCCCUAUACAAUGCCCUAUUGUUCUUCAACAACCUCGUUAAGAAGGCGCUUCAGGACAAACUGCAUCCCGUAGCUGCUGUACUCCGAUUGUCGACGAAGUAUCGGAUACCAACGCAUCGCGAGGAGUCCAUCAAGAUCCUCUCCAAGCAUUUCCCAAGCAGUAACGCGUACACGCCAGUGUCUCUCGUCGACUUAGCCACCCCGGAGCUCGCCUACGAUGUCAUCAAAGUGGCCCGCGAGAGCAACGCGCCUACUCUGCUCCCCUUCGCGUUUCUCCUCAUCUGCGCCAAGAGUCCAGAUGAAGUUGCCUCUAGCGGUACCCUUGCAUCGGAGGACAAGAUAGCGCUGCUGAAGGGAAUCAUAGAAUUCGAACGCAUGCGACGCGCCUACAUCUACGAACACGUGGAGAAUUUCGUGCAUUCCGGUUGCGAGAAGGCAUGCGUGCUGAAUCGCGACUAUGAGCCCUGGUACAGCGGACUCACGGACAACGCAGCCGACUGGGUCAAGAAAGGCUCCUGGAAAGCGAUGAUUGACGCCUCCGACUUGGGUCACUACAUCUGUGGAGAGUGCUAUGAUAUGGUUCUGAGCGAGGUGGUGAUAGGGGAGCAGGCAAUCUGGGAGGCACUGCCGAGAAUCUUUAGCGUCGGUGCGACCUGGAUGGAACUCAGGCGCGUACAGAACUACGAUACCUAAUCAGAC